AUGGGCUCAAGACCCGUCUCCAUAGAAUAUCUCUCCUCGGGGGCCAACCGACAGACCGCUGUUGCGGACUGGAGUCAAUGUGGGAUUUUGGCUUUUGGAGCCGAUAUCAACAUUGCGUUAUGGCGACCUUUGUCGGAAUCUCCCAGGGGAGUUACAAAGCUGCUCAACGGGCAUAAGAGCACUGUCAAGGCCUUGACGUUUCUUCCCGAAGGGGACCAGGACGAAAACUCGUUUCUUGUUUCUGGCUCAGACGAUAAGAGCGUGAUAAUUUGGAAAGCUUCUCGAAAUAGUGAUGAGUUCAAGCCCAUCCACACCUCAACGGAGCACACUGCUGCUAUCAACUGUAUCGCUGCCUUGAGGAUCAAGGGAGCCCACAAAUGGAUUGUCGCAACUGGAAGUGCAGAUGCAUCCAUAAAAAUAUGGAACCUCGAGAAUGAUCAGCUUACUCUACUCCAAAGCGUCAAGACGGCACCCAAAUACUUCCCCAUGUGCCUAUCACUGAGCUACGCCGGAGAUGAAGACGAUGUUUUGGUGCUAGCAUCUGCUGGCACAAGAGCUAUAGUGCAGAUUUUCACAGCCGAGGUCAAGUCAGAAAAUGUUCAGUUCAAUGUGCAAGCCACUUUGACGGGGCACGAGGGUUGGAUACGGAGCUUGAGCUUCGCCAAAGAGACAUGUGCCCCUGACAGUGAUCUGUUACUCGCAUCAGCGAGCCAGGAUAAAUACGUCCGUAUCUGGAGAUUCCAUCAGGGGAGAGAGCUGCCCGCUGCUGCUGCCAGUGGUUCAGACCCUUCCAGCGACGCAUACCUCCCUGGAAAGUCACCCUCCAACAAGGCACAUCGUCUUCAGUCCGCUGGCAAGGACUUCUCUGUUACUUUCGAAGCACUUCUUUUGGGCCACGAGGACUGGAUAUACAGUGCACGCUGGCAACGACAGGAUGACAACAAGCUACAGCUCCUCUCGACAUCAGCCGACAACUCGCUCGCCAUCUGGGAAGCUGACUCUGGCUCUGGAAUCUGGGUCAGCAUGGCAAGACUUGGUGAGAUUAGCAGGGAGAAGGGUGCAACAACAGCAACUGGAAGCACAGGUGGGUUUUGGACGGGCUUGUGGUCUCCUGAUGGUAAAUCAGUAGCCUGCCUCGGCCGUACUGGCAGCUGGAGACGAUGGGAAUAUGUCCCCGCGGAAGACUUUUGGCAGCCCUGUGUUGCUAUUUCUGGGCAUACAAGAGCUGUUACAGGUAUAACGUGGGCCAAGAAUGGAAAUGAGACAUGGCAUGAAAUGUCCCGGCCUCAGAUUCACGGCUAUGAUCUCAACUGUAUUGACUCUGUGGGAGCUUCUCAAUUCGUCUCAGGCGCCGAUGAGAAACUCAUGCGUGUCUUUAGCGAACCCAAAGCUGUUGCCUCGAUGCUCAACCGCCUUGCAGGCAUCGGUGGUGGUAUGGACGUUCAGAACAUGCCAGAUGCCGCCAACAUGCCAGUCCUGGGACUAUCUAACAAGGCAAUUGAUGCCGUGGAAGACGACCAAGAAAUUCAGCCCAUUGAUGACCGGGAUCGUGAGGCCAUGGAUCCGGCCUCGAUAGUCAAAAAGUCGCAUUUGGAGAUUGAUCACCCUCCUUUCGAGGAGACACUCUCAAGACAUACAUUGUGGCCGGAAACCGAGAAGCUGUAUGGACAUGGUUACGAAAUUUCUUGUCUCGCAGCUAGUCACGAUGGCACUCUCGUCGCCAGUGCCUGCAAAGCCAGCUCGACCAACCACGCCGUAAUUCGCCUAUUUGAGACAAACCGCUGGACUGAGCUCAGGCCGCCUUUGACCGCACACUCUCUGACAGCCACCCGCCUUCGAUUCUCCUCUGACGACCAGUUCCUCCUGAGUGUAGGACGCGAUCGCCAAUGGGCUGUCUUUGAGCGCGCGCCUGAGGAUGAGGCUGCGUACAAGCUCAUGCAGAUCAAUCCCAAGGGCCACACACGUAUGGUACUUGACGCAGCGUGGGCGCCUGCGCCAUCUACGGCGCCAGUAUUCGCAACUGCUGGUCGUGACAAGCAAGUUCGCAUCUGGGCCGCCAAGCCUAACCAAGAUGGGAAGCUUCAGUUCUCUCAGACAGCCUCCAUCCCGACUGCAUCCCCUGUAACAUCUGUUGAUUUUGUCCCUAAGGUUAUUGACAGUAAAUUUGUCUUGGCAGUUGGCACAGAACUUGGCCGACUCAGUCUUUGCCUGAUCAACGAGGAUGGUACUGAUGUCACGGAAAAGCCCGUAUAUGAGAAUUACUGUUUGCCCAAGGCUGUUCACCAGCUUGCAUGGCGUCCUAUCGUACGAGAGGGGGCCGAGAGGCCAUUUGAGGUAGCAGUUGCAGGAGAGGAUAGUUCACUCAGAGUAUAUGCCUUCAGCCAGGCGUAUCUUCAGGUGUCUGCAGAUCCAUAG